UCCGUACAUAAUAACUGGCUGCUCAGCGCACCGGGUAGGUGUUUUAGGACGGAUCGUUUUCGCGGGCAGGGCUCUCUCUGUACGCAUGAAGUGGAGAACUUGGUUCUAGGGCAACCAGCGUGUCUUCUCCAUAACGGAGCUCUCUAUUUCAACAGUUUUUUCCCAAGUGGAUUUAUAUUUUUGUUCACUAUGGCUGUUACCGAGGCUCCAUGCGACUUGUCUUAUUGCAAGAUGAGGGGAAUUGUGUCAGUUCUCACUGCUUUUAUCAAGGAGAGGAAAAUGGGUCUGAAUGACUUAAUCUCGAAGCUGGUGUCAAACCCACAUACCUGUCAUCACUCUGAAGUUGACUUCCUCAAGAUCGAUGAGAACCAGAAUGAAGAGCUGGAUGAUGAUGAUGAACUUCUGAAUCCGAUGUGCCUGACGUUCCCCAGAAGCUCUCUAGCUGAGGAGUUGGCGAUCAAACCAAGUGAUUUUGACUACCUGAAAAUCAUUGGCAAAGGGAGCUUUGGGAAAGUCCUGCUGGCUCGUCACCGGGACAGCAACGAGUAUUACGCCGUCAAGGUUCUACAGAAGAAAAUCAUCUUGAAGAAAAAAGAGCAAAAGCAUAUCAUGGCAGAACGAAGUGUCCUGAUGAAGAAUAUCAAACAUCCUUUCCUGGUGGGGCUUCACUAUUCCUUCCAGACUACUGACAAACUCUACUUUGUCCUCGACUACGUGAAUGGAGGAGAAUUGUUCUACCAUCUACAGAGAGAGAGGGUGUUCCUAGAACCCAGAGCCAGGUUCUACGCUGCAGAGAUCGCCAGUGCUCUGGGAUACCUCCACUCCUUGCAUAUUGUUUACAGAGAUCUGAAGCCUGAGAAUAUCCUGCUAGCCUCUACGGGACACAUCGUCCUGACAGACUUUGGCCUCUGCAAAGAGGGCCUGGCACCCACUGGAACCACCACAACCUUCUGUGGAACGCCAGAGUACCUGGCCCCCGAGGUGCUGCAGAAGCAGGCGUACGACCGCACAGUGGACUGGUGGUGCCUGGGAUCGGUGCUGUACGAGAUGCUCUACGGACUGCCACCUUUCUACAGUCGUAACACAGCGGAGAUGUACAACAAUAUCCUGAACAAGCCUCUGAUACUGAAGCCCAACGUGUCCAACUCAGGCAGGGAACUGUUGGAGGGGCUCCUGCAAAAGGACCGCACCAAGAGGCUGGGAGUGAAGGAUGAUUUUAUGGAGCUGAAGUGCCACACCUUCUUCUCACCCAUCAACUGGGAUGACCUGAUGGCCAGGAAGAUCACACCACCCUACAUUCCCUCUGUGAGCGGGCCCACGGAUCUCAGGCACUUUGACCCAGAGUUCACCCACCUCCCUGUGACCUCGUCGCUGUGCAACACGGACGGUCUGCUGGUGACCAGUAGCAUCAAGGAGGCAGCUGGAGCCUUCCCAGGCUUCUCCUAUGGACCCACUGACGGCUUCAUGUGAGGGACUCCUCUAUCCUCAUCACCUCUAUUGAUGAUGAGAGGGGGAUGGGAACAAAUAGAGACACAGGCAGAGACAGGCACCAUGUACUGUAUGAGUGGUGUGGGAGGUGUUCAUGGUCUGUUAAGAAGGCUCCUGAACAUGCCUGAGAGGAAAACAGGGGGGGGGGUCUAGAACUCCAGAUCUCCUGGGAUUGUUGCAUGUACAUCGCAUGGGACUGCAAUCUUCAAUACCAAUGACCCUACUUACCUGAUGCAAAGUGUGCCAAGGUGGGAUGUUGUUUUGUACUACAGGGAGAAAGGACGUUUCUCUCUAAUCGCUGUGGACCACGACCACUGUCGGAAAGACGAGUGAAGUGGCUGAAGUUUCACGGCAGCGGAAACCCGAGAGCAGUACUGCGCCGACGCGGCUAGGCUACAUCAAACACAGACUGUAGAGGGCCCUGCCUUCCUGAUCAUUCUCUCUAUAUAUUGAAGACUUAUAUGUCACAAUGCAUUUGUUGUCAAUUGUUAUGUGAAUGCUGGAUUGCACUUGAGGCAUUGAGGGUGAUUGCAUUGUUUAAGCAUCUCAUGUUCAGCUGCAUAUCUGUUCACCCUCAAAAUCAUACUAUUAAUCUGUUCACCCUCAAAAUCAUACUAUUAACCUGUUCACCCUCAAAAUCAUACUAUUAAUCUGUUCACCCUCAAAAUCAUACUAUUAACCUGUUCACCCUCAAAAUCAUACUAUUAAUCUGUUCACCCUCAAAAUCAUACUAUUAACCUGUUCACCCUCAAAAUCAUACUAUUAACCUGUUCACCCUCAAAAUCAUACUAUUAAUCUGUUCACCCUCAAAAUCAUACUAUUAAUCUGUUCACCCUCAAAAUCAUACUAUUAAUCUGUUCACCCUCAAAAUCAUACUAUUAAUCUGUUCACCCUCAAAAUCAUACUAUUAAUCUGUUCACCCUCAAAAUCAUUCUAUUGAUCUGUUCACCCUCAAAAUCCUACUAUUGAUCUGUUCACCCUCAAAAUCCUACUAUUGAUCUGUUCACCCUCAAAAUCCUACUAUUGAUCUGUUCACCCUCAAAAUCAUACUAUUAUCCUGUUCACCCUCAAAAUCAUUAUAUUGAUCUGUUCACCCUCAAACUUUUUCACUUGACUCCUUAAAACAGAAAGCAAAUAUAAAUAUAUUACCAAGCUCUAAAUAUGUAAAACUAUUUAUACAUCUAAACAAAUGUACUCCCUAAGUGGGGAAAAAUGUAUUUUCUAACCUUUGUUCUUCUAAUGCCUGCACUUUUACACAUUUACCCACCUAAGACUGUGUUGACAAGCUGUUUGUAGACUUAAUAUAUUUUUGUCAUAAAUACAGAAGAUGGGGUAAUCAAUAUUAUGUCUUCUGCUGUAAUAGCACAUAUCAAUCAUUGUUAUUCUUGUGAGUGAAAGUGAUUGCUGUUUUGCUGGCAAAACACUAGAGAAUCCAUUAGAUUGUUAUGUAUAACCAUUUGUGUCGUGUACAGAACUCCAGCUAGAUUGACAGAAAGGAACUGUGAAUGGCUUUCAUUUUGUAAAGUGUGCCUGUCUGUCUCAGUCGUGUUAGGAUAGGAAGUCCUGGUCCAUAUGUAUGUGUGUGUGGUAUCUAUUUCUUCCCUGUUAUCCUCAUGGUAUAGAGCAGUGUUUCCCAAACUCAGUCCUGAGGCCCCCCGGUGCACGUUUUGGUUUUUACGCUAGAACUAUACAGCUGAGUUAAAAUAACCAACUCAUCAAGCUUUGAUUAUUUGAAUCCGCUGUGUAGUGCUAGGGCAAAAACCAAAACGUGCACCCCGAUGGGGGGCAGGACUGAGUUUGGAAAACACUGCUCUAGACAACAACCUGAUAAGUUGUGCCGCUGCAAUGAUGAGAGAAAUUACUCUUUGUAGAUAGUGCUACAGCCAUUCAUUUACUGAUGGCCAUGAAUAGUGUAAUAAACAUCACAGGCUUUCUCCAUGUAUAUGUCAUGACACAUAAUGUACUGUAUGUUUAAAGACCAGAGGACAAAAUUUGUAGAAUGGAUCAUUUAAAUAAUGAAUUGUAAUCUCUUUUCAAAAUUGUAAAUAAAAUGUAUUGACCAAAUUCAAA